GACGCUCCCACCACCAGCGAGUCUCCCCCAUCUUGCAUGUGCAACAUUUAUGCAGGACGGAGCCUCUCCUAAGGCUGUGGACACUGCGGGAAAACCACUAAGGAUGGAUUGCUAAAACUCGAUUUCUUUUUUUUUCCCGUAUGCCACCAUCCUCAAUGUCUCUCAACAGUUUUUAACAAAACAAGAUGAGGAUUAUUUGCAAGCAGAUUGUCUUGCUAUUUUCUAGCUUUUGGGGACUGGCAAUGGGAGCGUUCCCUAGCAGUGUGCAAAUUGGAGGUCUCUUCAUCAGAAACACAGAUCAGGAAUACACUGCAUUUCGCUUAGCAAUUUUUUUACACAACACCAGCCCCAACGCGACUGAAGCGCCUUUUAAUUUGGUUCCUCAUGUGGACAACAUUGAAACAGCUAACAGCUUUGCUGUAACAAAUGCCUUUUGUUCUCAAUACUCCAGAGGAGUUUUUGCAAUAUUUGGACUGUAUGACAAGCGAUCAGUGCACACCCUGACCUCAUUCUGCAGUGCGCUGCACAUCUCGUUGAUCACGCCCAGUUUCCCCACUGAGGGCGAGAGCCAGUUCGUGCUUCAGCUGCGGCCGUCCCUCAGAGGCGCUCUUCUCAGCCUCCUUGACCACCACGAAUGGAACCGCUUCGUCUUUCUCUAUGACACCGACCGGGGGUAUGCCAUACUUCAAGCAAUUAUGGAAAAAGCAGGACAAAAUGGCUGGCAAGUCAGUGCCAUAUGUGUGGAGAAUUUUAAUGACGCCAGCUACAGGAGGCUUUUAGAAGAUUUGGAUCGAAGGCAAGAGAAAAAAUUUGUGAUAGACUGUGAAGCCGAGAGACUUCAGAACAUUCUAGAACAGAUCGUUAGUGUUGGGAAGCAUGUCAAAGGCUACCAUUACAUCAUGGCGAACUUGGGUUUUAAGGAUAUCUCACUCGAGAGGUUCAUGCAUGGUGGAGCCAACGUAACAGGAUUCCAGCUAGUGGAUUUUAACACUCCCAUGGUAAUUAAGCUCAUGCAGCGCUGGAACAAGCUGGACCAGAGGGAGUAUCCAGGAUCAGAGAGCCCACCAAAGUACACAUCGGCAUUAACAUACGAUGGGGUGCUUGUAAUGGCUGAAGCGUUUCGCAAUCUCCGAAGACAGAAAAUUGAUAUUUCCAGGAGAGGGAAUGCAGGGGAUUGCCUAGCUAACCCCGCUGCUCCAUGGGCUCAGGGGAUAGACAUGGAGAGAACACUCAAGCAGGUUCGAAUCCAAGGAUUAACUGGAAAUGUGCAGUUUGACCACUAUGGGCGGAGGGUAAACUACACAAUGGAUGUGUUUGAACUGAAAAAUACAGGACCGAGAAGGAUCGGUUACUGGAACGACGUAGACAAGUUGGUUUUGAUCCAGAAUGAAAUGCCUUUCCCCAACGACACCUCCGGCAUUGAGAACCGAACUGUGGUUGUAACAACCAUAAUGGAAGGUCCUUAUGUCAUGCUGAAGAAAAACCAUGAGCUCUUUGAAGGGAAUGACCGCUAUGAAGGCUACUGUGUGGACCUGGCCUCAGAGAUUGCAAAGCACAUCGGCAUAAAGUAUAAGAUUGCCAUUGUACCUGAUGGGAAAUAUGGAGCCAGAGACCCCGAGACUAAGAUUUGGAAUGGGAUGGUUGGAGAACUUGUAUAUGGAAAAGCAGAGAUAGCAAUAGCUCCAUUAACCAUCACCUUGGUACGAGAAGAAGUCAUUGACUUUUCCAAACCUUUUAUGAGCUUGGGGAUUUCAAUCAUGAUCAAGAAGCCACAGAAGUCCAAGCCUGGUGUCUUUUCCUUCCUCGACCCCUUGGCCUAUGAAAUCUGGAUGUGUAUAGUGUUUGCCUACAUUGGGGUCAGCGUGGUGCUUUUUCUGGUCAGCCGGUUUAGCCCCUAUGAGUGGCACACAGAAGAACCUGAAGAUGGUAAAGAAGGGCCACCAAGCGACCAGCCUCCCAAUGAGUUUGGUAUCUUUAACAGCCUCUGGUUUUCCCUGGGUGCCUUUAUGCAGCAAGGAUGCGAUAUAUCACCAAGGUCUCUCUCGGGUCGCAUUGUCGGAGGUGUUUGGUGGUUCUUCACGCUGAUUAUUAUUUCAUCCUACACGGCUAACCUCGCUGCCUUCCUCACUGUGGAGAGGAUGGUUUCACCAAUCGAAAGUGCAGAGGACCUCUCCAAGCAAACCGAGAUCGCUUAUGGAACACUAGACUCAGGGUCAACCAAAGAGUUUUUCAGGAGAUCAAAAAUUGCAGUGUAUGAAAAGAUGUGGACCUACAUGAAAUCUGCAGAGCCCACGGUUUUUGGCAAAACCACUGCAGAGGGAGUUGCCCGUGUUCGGAAAUCGAAAGGAAAGUUUGCUUUUCUCUUGGAGUCCACCAUGAAUGAGUACAUUGAGCAGAGGAAGCCUUGCGAUACAAUGAAAGUGGGAGGAAACCUGGAUUCCAAAGGCUACGGAGUGGCCACACCCAAGGGUUCUCCAUUAAGAGCAACGUACAGAACUCCUGUAAACCUUGCCGUUUUGAAACUCAGUGAGGCAGGCAUCUUAGACAAGCUGAAAAACAAAUGGUGGUACGAUAAAGGUGAAUGUGGACCCAAGGACUCUGGAAGUAAGGACAAGACAAGUGCCCUGAGUCUCAGCAAUGUGGCUGGUGUCUUCUACAUUCUUGUCGGAGGCCUGGGCUUGGCAAUGCUGGUGGCUCUGAUAGAGUUCUGUUACAAGUCCAGGGCAGAGGCCAAGAGAAUGAAGCUAACGUUCACUGAAGCCAUGAGAAACAAAGCCAGACUAUCCAUCACAGGGAGUGUUGGAGAAAAUGGGCGAGUUCUGACCCCUGAUUGCCCAAAGGCUGUACACACCGGAACAUCCCUUCGACAAAGUUCAGGACUGGCUGUGGUAUCGUUGGACUUGCCAUGAAAACCAAAAAUAUUCUAGUGCCUUAUCACAAAAAAGAAAAAGAAAAAAUAUAUUAUGUGGGUAAUUGAUGGUACUGCAGCACAGACUGAAAACAGCAGUAGAAUCUGUGAUGAUCUUACAUUUGUAAUACACAAGGAGCUCCGUCUCGACACAGAUGACAUAUUCAGUAAAAACCAGUGCACAACCUCAGCUCUGAACACUGAAACUCGGAUCUUAUAUCAGGACAAAACUGGCGAAGAGGGGAAAAUCAAGACCAGAAAACUGUACUGGGGGGGGGGGGGACGAAUUUAUAAGCAUUUAUCUUUACCAAUGUUAAACAUGAACUGUUUUAACAAAAAAAAAAAAAAACAUGCUUAUUAAACACUUGGCUUUUGUCUUGGCAAAAUAACGCAGGGGCCAAUGAACAUAUUAGCCUGCGGACUCGCUAAAUAUCCAUAAAUAACAUGGGUAAAGAUAUCCAGUUGUGCUGGGAUUAAAAAAAAAAAAAAAAAAAAAAUUAUAAUAAUCACUAUACUGUGAUAUGAAGAAAAGUAAAUAUGUAAAUUCUGUGAAAAAGAAACUAAAGAAAUUAUUUACGUUGUCUUUUAAAAAGAAGGAAGAUACUGUACAACAUGCCUGCUUUUUAACUGAUGUAAAUAACCAAGUAGUGGACAAAAUACAUUUCUCUUUUAUAACCAACCAUCUUAGGAAAUAAUUCAUUGCAAUAAUGGAUAUAAGAUGACGUCAUUGUAAUUAGAAAACAAAAAACAUUAUGAGAAUCGUUUUAUAUAUAUAUAUAUAUAACAACAUGGACAUCAACUUGUUUGCUGUGUCAUUUGUACUGUUACAUCAUUUAAUGUUCUGCAGAUUGCAUCUGUCUAAGUCCAAACUGAAUGUUAAAGAGUACAACAUCCGUUUCCAGUGUACAGUCCGAGCACAGACUACGGGUCAGACAUGCUACAAUUAUUAAUAAUCUAGUUCAAUGUAAUAAUAAGUUGUGGUUUUUGUACCCACCAAACAAGAAUAAAACUAAAACAUUCUUAUGAUAGUCACAGUUCUUGAUGUGUGUAAUCUGCUACCUAUAAGUUGACUAUAUGGUUCUAUUUUAAAGCCAAUUAACAUUUAAGCUGUUUACAAAAAAAAAGUUUUAUUUUUUCAUUAAAGCGACUGUAUUAGA